AUGCUGACAGGGCGGUGCCCUGGCGCGCCCUUACUUAGGCGGGCAGCGUCUGCUCUUCCACGCGCCUGGGAGGCAAGAGGGCGUGGUCUUUUCCCCUUUUCACCCAAUCCUGCGUCGUAUCCAUCUUCUCCUUCUGCUCGUCGUUGCCCUCCCCUCGCCUCUGUCUUUUCUUCUCCUAUUUCCUCCGGCGUGCAAGCGCGUGCCGCGCCCGCUGCCUCUUCCUCCUCUUCGCUGCGUGCGACGGAGGAUGCGCCUUCUCCAGUUGUCCUGCCCCCCUCUCCACCGUGCGCAGGGGGGCGUCACGCCAUCAACCCUCCAGGGACACCGGGCUCGCCGCUGUCUGGGAUGCCGCGCCCCAUGACUCUCUUCUCAGCUGCCUCGACUUCACCCUCGCGCCGGGCAGCUGUAUGCACUUCCCUUGCACAGUCGUUUAUCUGUCGCUUUCUUUCGUCGUCUUUGUCACUCAGAGUCAAGGGGGCCUCCACGCACAUGUCGUCAGGUUUUCUUUCCCAUUCUGCUUCGCAGUCGUUGUCUUCACCGCGCGUGUCGCCCUCCGCCGCCCGCGACGCCUUGUUUCCGUCGUCAGCCUCUCUGUUUCCUCUGGCGCCUCCGACUGCUGCGCACUCUCGAGACCCCGAACGCGCCGCCGCCGCGUCUGUUGCAGCGAUUGUGUCGGGGUCCGCUGCCAGGAAGUCUUCCCGCGCCUCGCUCGCCCCAGUGUCCUCUUCGCCGUCACUGGCUACCUCUGCCAGCUCGCCAUCGUUUCCUUCGUCCGCGCCUCCGAGUCCGUCUGCUCACUUUCUCUCGGCACGCGUGCGCGCAGGUCGUUCAGAAAAAGCCUCUGAGUCUGUGAAUGCGCAUGCCGGGACUGCAAACGGCCAUCGUCAAGCGCACCCGUCGCGACCGGUCUCCCCCUCUUCGCUCCCUUCCCCUCCUGGCGCAGCUGUGCCUCCGUCUCUCUCUGGGCGCUCUCCGUCUCACGCGUCCUCCCUUCAUCGACGCGCGCCUGCCGCCGCCGCCGCCCAUCGCGCCGUGACGCCGCCGGCGUUCGCGUCCGCGUCCUCCUCCUCAGCCACCGCCUCCGCCGCCCUGCUUCCUUCGCCCGUGGUGGCACGGCCCCGGUCUCUGCAGAGACCGCGGAUCGUCUCCUCGCAUGCAGAGUGGGAGUGGCGGAGGCUCGAGCGAGAGCGGGCGAUGCAGAGCGCCAGGGCGUGGGAGUCUCGACGUGGAGACUCCGACGCGGAGAGCGGCGCUUCGCCCGCUUUCGGCGCAGGAGCUCUCGAUGCGCCUCGCAGAGGCGCCCGCAGAGCCGCGGGGAAGGCGGCGCCGCAGGCGGCGCCGCAGGCGCCGCCGCAGGCGCACGCAGAUUUCUCGGACGCUGUGAACGCGACGACGCAUGCAGGAAGGCGCGCGCCAAGUGAACAGGCUGAGAGCCUGCGGCGAGGCUGCGAGGGCGUUGCCCAGAACGCGGGGGGGGACCGAGACAAGAAUGGAAUAGGAGCUGAAAGCAGCGGAGAGGAAGGCGAGGGAAAAGCGCGCCCCAAGAGUUUGACAAGCGUGGCUGCGCGACGGUGGAGGGCAUUCCUUUCUGUCUUCUCAUUCUCUCAGGCCCCACCUGCGGCACCUUCCACAGGAUCCUCUGUCGGCUCACAGCUUGCGUCGUCGCGUCCCGGUCCCGCUUUGGCUCCUGCCGCAGACUCUGUGCCUUCUCCGAGAGGCUUUCGGCUGCGUCACGGCCGAGAGCCUUCUGCAGCGUCGUCCUCGUCUUCACACGUGCAUGGCGCGGAAGAAACGGAACUGCAGAGAAGUUCUUGGUGGACUCGCACGCGCCGCUCUGUCCGUUCGGUCAAGUCCCUUUGCUCCAGACCUGCGGCGGCGACGGGCGUCGAGGCGCCCGCAGCAGCCGAGACAGCCUCCCCCUCACGAGUGAGCACAGAACAGCCUUCUCUUCUUUCUGGCUCUCACGCGCCUCGAUCCUCUGCGUGUCCGUCUUCUCUGUCGGCUGCUUCCUCGAACUCCGCCACACCGUCCUCGUCGGACUGUCGCGAGCCAUGGGAGGCGCCUGCUGGUCCUGCCUCUGCUCGUUUUCCGUCCUUUGCAGUUUCUUUCUCAGCUCUGUUUCCUCUCUGGUUUUCCGCGCUCUCCCACGCCUGGGCUGCCUGGCUCUCGUGUGUGGCGUCUGCGUUCCGCGCGCUCGCAGCGGCGUGGCGCCGUGUCAUUUCCACUUCUCCGGUGGCGCGUGCGGGGAGUCCACAGGGACGCGCUGCGGCGGAGAGCCAGGACGAGCACGAGCAGUCAGAUGCUCAGAAGGAGCGGGUUACGGCGUUGCUCGAAGAAGCUCGUCUGGCGGCCGCGCGGCGCGCCGAGGAGGCUGAACGCGCUGCGGCGCUGCGGGCUGCUCAGCACCUGCAGCAGUGGGCGAGGCCGCCCAGUCGGACUUUCCGCGAAAUUCGCUGCCGGCUCUUGAGGCAAGCGGGCGGGGCGGCGGACCCCGGCGGGAGACUCGAACUGGACAGCGUGCGCGAGUUAGAGACGCAGCAGAUCGUCUUGGCCCUCGCGGCCGCGCAUAGGGCGGCGAGGAACCGCCCGAGACGCCAAGAAGGCGAGGCGAGUGAGACAGUCGAGGCGAAGAAACUCGGUCAAGCUGACCUGAGCCAGGCGACUUUGAAGACGAAGGCCGGGGACGCGCCAACGAAAGACGGAGACGGGGAAGUCCGUCGCGCAGGCGGCGAGCAAUCUGGAGGCGUGGCGAUGAGGCACACGGCUGCGGGCGAGGCGCCUCGCACAACCGCUGAGGAAACAGAUGCUGCGGAAAAGGAGACACGUGAAGGGCGGCUGAGUGCAGAGGAGAACGCAGCGAAUGCCGGCGCUCUCGAACAUGAGCGAGUGGGAGCGAAAACCGCAACAGCACUUCAAGGCGCGAUUUCCAGCGACGCAAACGCAUCUGAAGGUGCGGACUACGAGCACAGCGGUAAGGAGAUGUCUGAACUGAGCUUGCGCGGCGGCCUCAGGGCAACCGACUCAGAAGUGAAACAGAGCGUCAGUCGGGAGACUGGCGCACAAGCCGCCGCUGAGGCACCUCCUGCGCCUGCGCUGGACGAGACGGCUCCUUCCGCCGGCUCAGCAGAGACGCAGCUUGCGCCAGACGAGAGUGUGAGCGGCGUUGAAGAGCGGCUUGAAGCAUCCGAAACGCACAAGAAAGGAGGAGAGCCUCUCGCCUCAGACGAUGCGAUCCAGGGGGCUUCAGGCCGCGACGACGAGAGGAAGUCUACGAGGGAGAUCCAAAACGAGCAGGUGACAGAAGGAGCAGACAACGGCGGCCUGCUCUUACCAGCUGCACUGCGCCUAAAGCCGGGUCAGAUUCUAUAUGAAGCUGCCCCGAAGUCCGACGUUGCGGAGGCGCUCUCGUCCCCGCUGCCGUCUCUGGAUGAGUGGAUUCGGCGGUCGUCGCUGUCUCAACAGGAGGGAUGCUGGAACAGCCAGCAGGAAGCGGCCACAACAGCAGGCAUUCCCGGUCUGCCGGGCGCGUCUCUUGCGCCAGCAUUCCUAGCCGCCGCGCGGCAGCGGCUCGGUUCCUUUCACGCAGCGGCCGCAGCUGCGAAGCAAGAAGCCGUGAAGGCCCGCCAGGCGGCAGCCGCUGCUGCAGCCGAGGCCUUGACGCUUUCGGUUCAGGCUGAGCCUGCGGAGUCAAGCGCGCUCGGCCGUUCGAGCGAAAGCGGCACAGAAGAUGAUAUCUCUGCUGUUCACGCCCCGCUGCUUCCGGCGUCGAAUCAGAUCAGCGGCUCGCCAGGAUGCCUCUCAGAGUACGGCACUGAGGCUGCCGCAGGCCAAGACCCAAGGGAGGCCUCCUCUGGAACAGCCGGGGUAGGCGGGCACGCCCCGCUCGCGCGGAGGCGCGUGUCCUCGGCACCCGCGACGCUGUCGCCCUCGGAGGCGAUGGACCUGGCGAAUGAAAGGGCCGCCGCUGCAGCGGCAGCGGAGGCGCGAGCCUAUGCUGCGAAGAAGGCGUUUUUCGUCGAGGAAGCGGCUUUCCGGGCUCAUCUGAUGGAGCAGCAGAAGCACCUUGCUUUGAGGGUCCCGCCACCGCCCGAGAAGGUGCAGAACCAGUUGGAAGACGAAAGAGCGCGGUUCGAUGCUGCGCGGCACGGGGCGACACCAGGGACGCGGAAUGGAGAGCCCCGCGCGGAGGGGAAAUCAUCGGGCGUCCUGGCGAAGGUUCUGGGUCAUGUGGAGCCGUCAGAGUCGUUUUCGGCUAACGAGGGAGGGAGGCAGGCCUGGAACGACCUUGCAUUUCCCACAGUCUCGCUCGAUGGACAGACUGCCCGUGUGCAACGGAGUGCUUGGGGACCUUACCCUUCGACGCCAGACACUCCCGUCUUUCCGCUGGCAGCCCCCCCGGGCUCCCGGUGGGGCGCAGCGGCUCCAGAUUUGCGGCUGACGGCUUGUCCUGCCUCCGCAGGGCUCCAGCGACCGGGAGACGAAUUUGCAGGUGGCCCUGCUAAGCCUGGACAGUGGGGCGGAGAGCCGCGCCCGACGCCUGUAAACAGCGCGUGGAGGGCGGCGCCGCAUACUGGGACAGGCCCAGGUGGCCGCUUCCCCUUCGCUGUUCGACCUCCGCCGCUUGGCGCUCCACAGGCUCCUGCGUCCGCCAGCCCGCUCUCGCCACUGGGCGGCCUCAUGUGGGACCCCCGCGCGCCGGACAUUCGCUGGCUCAAGCAGCUGUACGGAGAGAUCCACGCAGUCAAGGAGGUGACCAAAUUUUAUCGAGGCGGUCGCGGCCUCAGCUGCGUCGAGGAGAGCAAGAGGGCACUCGGGCUUAUUCUGAUGAGCCUCAACGUCGAAGUCUCCAUGCUGCAGUCGGAAGUCAACAAGGUGGUGACGCAUGUGAGACCGGCAGUGACGAGCUGGGAGCAAGUUUUUUCAGCGGCUACGCGGAUGAUACAGUUCUUUGCCCAUGACACGCGCUUCGGGAAAGACCGCUGCCUGGUUGUCGUCAGAGAAGCAGGUGGCAUCAUAGACGAUCCGAGGAUGAGCCAGGCAACAGCUUCCAGCGGCUCUCUCGCAGAAGGCGAAGGCAGUCAACCCAGCUCAAAGUCCCGCUUGAAGGACACCCCAGACAACGCGAAUUCGGCCUCAUCGAAGGCCGCAGAACUUUCGGAGGCGCCAGCCUCGAGUUCUCCGCCUUCCACGCCCUCGUCGGCGUUGCCCAGCGGCAGUUCGUCCAUAUCGCUUCCCCAGGCGCCUCCACACUUGCACCUGUCACUGCAAGAGCCAGCGACGCGAAUGGAGGCCUUGCUGGUUCACUUCGACGUCGUCGGGCGGUUGCCUCCCGUUCUGCUUCCGGGCCAGGUGGAGCCGAUCGCGGUCAAAGCCUUCUUCAGCGUCCCUCGGUUCCUCAAUGUACUUCGUAGGGAUAUUUAUACAUUGAACUGCGUCAUGCAUGCCUUGAAGCGGGAGAACGUGUGCACGUUGGAUGACGGAUCCUCGAUUUCGCUGUGGGAUCCGUUUGCAGGAGUGUCGCGUCGCCCGUCGCAGGAGAGGCGGAUGGCGGGAGAGAGGACUGGGAAAGCCCAGCCAACGAAAAAGGGGUCCAGGCCGCCGGAGGCGAAGGCCUUGGAAGAGCCUUCCGCACAAGAGAAGAACCUGGCGCUGGCGAAAGAAAAGGAGAUGGAAGAGGAUGCAGCCCAACAACAGAGCACUACCCCUCCGGAAAGAAAACAGGCCGACACGACUGCGUUGCUGCUUCAGUCCAUGCAGCGUCAGCAAGAGGAGAGACGCCUUGCAGACCUCGAAUCCUUUUCAGAGGCUUCAAGCGAAACAACAGCCUCUCAGCACUGGUCGCGCUCUGGCACGCCCUCCGGAGUGUCGUCGCCUGAUGAUGCCUCUGCGGUCUGGCUAGCAGAGGCGUCCACGGAGCAGCUCCAAGGCACGUCUGCGUUGAGCUGGGUGGAGCGGCAAACCCGCACAAGAAAACUGGAGAGCAAGAAGAAACAAGGCGAAACACAGCGGUCUCCAAGGGAAGGCCAGGAGAAACACGCCCUUCACGUCAACGACUUGACAAUUGAAACCUUGGCGCGGCACCUAAAUGUCCCUGAUGCAGAAGUCCUAGGAGUCGCCGCGUUGCUUCUCGAGGGAACGCCCGGAAGAGGAACAGUGACGCUGACCACGAGACUCGAUGAAGACGAAGCGGAAUUCCUCAGCGACGAGCUAGGAAAGCUUCACUGCCUACGCCUGACGCGCGGCGAAGCGCAUGAAGAACGAGGAGACUACAGAGCUCCUGCUGUUGUAGCUGUUCUUGGGCACGUCGACCAUGGGAAAACUACACUUCUAGAUAAGCUUCGAAGCACCCAUGUGGCGGAGUCCGAGGCCGGAGGCAUUACUCAGGCCGUUUCUUCAGGCAGCCUUCUCCUGCCCUCUCAGAACCAGCGACUGACAUUUAUCGAUACGCCAGGUCAUGCAGCUUUCGCUUCCAUGAGGAAGCGGGGAGCAGCUGCAACGGAUCUGUGCGUUCUCGUCGUCGCAGCUGAUGAGGGUGUAAAGGCGCAGACACUGGAGUGCCUGGAAAUUAUUCGAAAAGCUGGCACGCCGUGGAUUGUGGCGAUGAACAAGAUGGACAAGCAGGGUGCUGACCCGGAGAGAGUGAAACAGCAGUUUGCAGAUCUAGGUGUCCUCAGUGACGACGCUGGAGGAGACGUUCCGUUCAUCCCCAUCAGCGCCAAGUCAGGAGAAGGCUUGGACCAGCUUGAGGCAGCUCUCACUCUCUUACAAGAAGACAUGCCGCACUUGUAUGGGCGGGGUCCUCCUACACAAGGUAGCGGCCCCACCAAUGCCCGGUCAGCUAGAGGCUACGUGCUCGAAUCCCGCGUAGACAAACAGAAAGGGAGAUGCAUUCAGGUGAUUGUACGGAGUGGCUGGCUCGAACCUGGGAAAUGGGUGGUAAUUGGUCGCAACGCUGGGCGAGUCAAGAAGAUCUGGCGAAGCGGUGAACAGGUCGAGCUCACAAUGGCGGGCCCGAAUGAGGCAGUAGAGAUUACGGGCCUUGGCGACUUGCAGGCGUCGGCUGGCCAAGCAUUAGUCCAGGCUACAAGUGCGCAGCAAGCGGCCAAGUUGGCUGGAAUGGUUGAGAGGCUGGAUCUGAGAAGACAAAUGCGGCGGGCUGCAGCAAGCACUGCAGAAGCCACAAAGUUCGCUGUUGAGGAUCUGGCUUUGAAAACAGCCUCGACCCUUAGAAGAAAGCAGCGAAAACUGCUGAAGUACAAACAGGCUGUCCAAGACGUCAAAACAGGUGGCGAAACAGUAGAUGAGGACGCCGAAGAGGAUGAUAUGGAAGACUUGAUCACUACCAGGCACGCUGUCGUCGAGGGCAUUCCGCAGAUUGGCUUUGUCAUCAAAGCAGCUGACCAGGGCAGCUUGGAAGCAAUCCUGCAGUGGAUCGACACCUUUAACGAAACUGUUAAGACGGCAGAACGCCUGCCUGACGCAGUCAGAGGAGCUUUGAAAACCGCUGCUGCCGAUAGGCUGCGUGCGUUGGCAGAUCAGCGCAGGGCCGUCGACUUGACUGAGGAAGUGGAAUCGGAAGAGCAGCCGUCAGAAGCACUUGAUGAAAGUGAACGCUCUCUGGUCUCCAGGUGGCUGCCGUUGUGCGUGCUUCACUGCGGAGUGGGGCCCAUCAGUCUUUCAGACGUGAACAAGGCGUCACUGACGAAUUCCUUCAUCCUCGGAUUUGGCGUGUCUACUUUGGACAACAUCGACCAGGUGGUUCACGAGAAAGGCCUGACAGUGCGGAACCAGAACAUCAUAUAUCGGCUCUUUGAGGAUAUUGAGGCUAUGUACGAGUACCACUUCGGCUCAGAAUUCGUCUACAACCAGGUUGGCCGCGCCGUGGUUUCCCGAGUGGCUACGUUCACGCUAAAGCGAAGCAAAGGCGGCGUUCAAACAGUUGUCGGCGUGGACGUCAAGGAAGGAACCCCCUCUACUCAACACUUUUACACUGUGAUUAGAGAUGGUCUUCUUGUUGCUGAGAAUCUUCAAGUCAAAUCCAUGCAGAAAAACCGACAGGAUGUCACAUCGCUGCAAAAAGGCAGCCGGCUGGGGGCUAUUAUUUUCGACUCUGAUUUCGACGAUUUUGAAGAACGUGAUACAAUAUUGGUUUUUGAGAGAAGUCAGCGACUUCCUCCAGAGUUCAUCACAUCGCGACGUUAUAUCGACUCCGCGUAA